AUGUGCGAACAAGGACAACUUAAUUGUACACAGUAUGGCGGUCCUCCUUUGGAAAUCAAAGGCAGCACUUUUGGGCCUGACAAGUUUUUGAAUCUUGCACCCACGAAUGUAUUGAACAUGACUUUUAAUGGAACUCUUUUAAAUGUGGUUGAAUUCACGUGCCCUCUUUUGUGUUCCAAUGACAGCAUCCAAUGGACAACAUUGUGUGAGGAAAAGACUGAAAAUGUUACGAUUACCGAAAGAUUUUGUUUAAACUCCAAUUCUGACUAUUGUGCUUCUCUGACAUCAUUAUACAUUCAAGGUAUCAAUGAAAUAUUUCGGCAUCAUGAUGUUAGUGGAUCCAUUCUUUUCAGCUACUUCUUGAGACCCAUUCUACCCUCUCUAAUAUUCAACGUUUUCAACUUUUUCAGAAAAUUCCUAUUUAAUUUUUCUCAUAUCAACAGUUUAGGGGCAGCAAUGGUCACGGUUGCAAUGCUUGCCUUAUUUUACGUGACUCUAUUUAUUGCAGUUGCCAUCAAAUACUCAAUUCUGUUGGGAGCACCAAACCUCGUUUCAGUUCUCGUGUCAAGUAUUGUGACAGCCAUUUUCGUCCAAUGGGUUUUAGAGUUUCUUGUCAUGCCACCCAUUUUAGCUCUAGUUCCCACUUCAAGAUUUGACUCGUAUGAAAAAUCGCAGACUGGAGAGUUGUGCACUGAAGCUUGUUGUUUUGGUAAAUCUUUGUGUGAAAUGUGGUUUGUCAGAAAGUUGACCUAUCUCAAUAAUCAUAGCAGCACAGACAAAGAAGAAGAAAUGACCAAAGAAAAAUCAAAACCAACCGAAUUCACCUUUGUUGUAGUGAUGGUUUCCUUGCAAGUGAUUGUUUGGACAAUGUAUGCAUUUUCACUUAUGGCUCUUGGAAAGGUCAUUACUUGGUCCUAUAUAUUGUUCUAUCAAACCUUGUUUAACUACCUGUUGACGAAAAUAAUGAUCUUUUAUGAGAGAAGAUAUCUGAAUGCGAAAGGUGACACACCCAAACGUCGUUUGUUGUUUAUGUUUAGCAUUUUCACUUUCAUUGGUGUGUUUGUUGUGUGUGUUUCCAUUCACAUCUUGACCGUGGUUUUAAUUCCAUUCGUGAAUUACUAUUGGUGA